AUGUGGACAACCCAUUUCGCAGAACAUGGAACCACCUCAGAAAAUUGCAUUGGAAGCACAACUUUAUCUUCUGUGAAAGCGGUGGAAUUCAAGUCUUCAUUGCAAAUUGCGUCACUGCAUGUAAUUUCUGAUGACGAGUCACCUGCAUCUCCGACGUACAAUGAAUCGCCUUCCAGCCAAAAACUUUUAGAGCUGCUGACUCAAGGUGCAAGUGAUGAAUCAAACCAGGAGACUCUGCGUCAGCGUCGUGCUGCAAUGGAUGUACUUGGACAACUGUUGCUUAUUGCCCCAAAUAAGACAUCGGAAGUAGCUGACAUCAGCACUCAACUUGAAGACUCACGAAUGGUAGAAGCUUUAAAAGAUGCUUUGGAUGUGUCGCAAUACCCUAAGGAACUAGACGCUUGUGACUUUGCGAGUGAUGUCAACUCUGCAACGCCAGUUCUGGCUCCCACCAAAUCAAAAGAAUCGGAACCAGAACCAACUAUGUAUCCUAUUCCAGCGAAUGAGGAGAUUCGAAUGAAUGCCAUUCAUCAUUAUUCUCUCCACGACAUUCUUAACGUUCCUGAGUUAAAUCUCAUUUGCUCCCUUGCUGCUGCUGAAAUGAAUUGUCCUCAUGGAAUUGUCACCCUCGUGGAACGCGAUGUGGUAUCGAUACUGGCAGCCAAUAACCACGAAUACUGGGAAGUUGGUAGUGGCAAUCCUCGUGAACAGACAUUCUGUCAGCAAUUUAUCAUGCAUGAGAAACCGUUGCUUGUGCACCAUGCUGAGACCGACCCACGAUUUGAGCGCAUUGCACCCGUGACUAAACUUAAUCUGCAGUUCUAUGCAGGCUUCCCAUUGACAAUUUCAAGUGUAUCAAAUAAUUCUGGGCAGGCAAGCAAGGUCAUUAUUGGUGCGUUGUGCUGUCUCGAUGAAAAACCGCGCAACAUGACGCGAUCGCAAUACUGGCGAUUGAAUAUGUUACCAAGAGUCGCCCAAUCUCAAAAGAGUUGGAAGUUGAAUCGCUAUAAGGAAGUUAGACCCAGAUCUCGAAUUUUCUUGCACUAA